CGCAAAGCUCUAGUCAAACCGAUCGGUUGCUGCCGGCUGGUGUCCCAUUUCCUACUGCACGCCUCGGCCGACCGCCGGUCUGCCGCUCUGCCUCGAUGAUUGAGGCUACAAGAGGGCUCAGGGGCCCCCGACUCCUCCUGUCCGUCGCCGUCCUCGUCCUCGCCAUUGCUCUCGUCUUCCGCUCCCUCACCCCGGCAGUCCCGCAAAUGGCCGACGACCUGCCCACCUCCAUCUACGACAUCACCGUCAAGGAUAUUAGGGGUGAUGACAUAGAACUAAGCGAGUAUGCUGGAAAGGUUCUUCUUAUCGUCAAUGUUGCUUCAAAAUGUGGACUAACAAGUUCCAAUUACAAAGAGCUAAAUGUCUUGUAUGAGAAGUACAGAGAGAAAGGCCUUGAGAUACUUGCAUUCCCAUGUAAUCAAUUUGCUGGUCAAGAGCCUGGCACCAAUGAAGAUAUCCAGGAGACAGUUUGUAGCAGGUUCAAAGCAGAGUUUCCUAUUUUUGACAAGAUUGAUGUGAAUGGUAAGGACGCUGCACCAUUGUACAAGUACUUGAAAUCACAGAAAGGUGGCUUCCUUGGCGAUGGUAUUAAAUGGAACUUCACCAAGUUUCUUGUUGACAAAGAUGGCAAGGUUGUUGAGCGAUAUGCUCCGACGACUUCUCCUUUGAAGAUUGAGAAUGACAUCCAGAAGCUUCUGGGCACAGCAUCAUGAUUUGGUUACAUGAAUUAUGUUCCCUGAACUCUCUAUGCCACUGUUGUAAUUUCAUUGAAAAUAUGGAGCUUGGACAUCUGUGCCAGUUUUCCGUUCUCAGUUGAAAAUUACGAUGGUCUAGUGUAAAGAAACAUUAUUCAAUGUAUAGAAUGCUGUGUAUUUUACCUUGUUAUUGAUCAAAUAUGAAGGUCACUACCGACAAAUUAGUCAGGAUCAUGCCACUUGAUAUAAUAUAUGGUGUUUGGCUGGCACACAUGCAAAAAAUUGUUAUCCUGUCUC